AUGUCAAUCCUCUCUCCCAAAGCAAGACGAAUCAUCCUCACCGCCGGCGUAACAAUAUGCACGAUUACUGGCUCUCUCUACGGUGCGGGAUUGAAGAUGAAUCAGGAUGCGAAGAAAGAGAUCGAAAGACAACUGUCUGCCACACCUGCUGAGAAAAUCCAAGCCCUCCAAUCUGCCAGAGAGAAACUCGUUAUUCGUCGAUCCUCCUUGGAGAAGCAAAUCAGAGAUUUGCAGGCGAGGCAGGAGAGUAGGCGCAGGAGCGAGAGCAUUGGGAGUAGUGGGAAGGGGGGUUGA